AUUGAUUAUUUUAUCGUUUGAAAAAUCGCUAAUUCUGCAAGUGUUUUUUUUCUUUAAUUAGUGAAAUAGAAGUGUUUCUGUUCGGUGGGUUUAAUCGUCAACUUCUGAAAAGAUGAGUUUAUUUGCCUAUGUCCAUAGUAUGCUGCUGCACCAUCUGUGAUCGUUGUUUUAUAUCAGAUUUCUACAUCGGUUCUUAUCAUGGCUACAUUAAAAUACACUCACGCAGUUGUUUGCCGUAUUCCGAAAACAUAUGGAAGUGAUUCGCAGGUAGAUUAUGUGAAAACUAAGCAGCAGCAUGAAGCUUUUGUCAGAACACUUCGAGAUACCGGUAUCGAUGUAAUCGAGCUGCCGCCGGAUGAAGCUUUGCCCUUAUGUGGCUUCGUUGAAGAUACAGCUGUCAUUUGCAAUGGAAUCGCAUUGAUUGCUCGACCUGGAAAUGUGUCUCGUCAAAAAGAGGCCGAAACUAUGAGAGCUGUGUUGAGAAAAGAACUGGAUCUUCCGAUUGUUGAUAUGGCUGAUAAAUCGGCUACUCUCGAUGGCGGCGAUGUUCUAUUCACAGGUAAAGAAUUUUUUGUCGGUAUCAGUAAAUGGACAAAUGAAGCAGGUGCUAGAGCUGUCGCAGCUGCAUUUCCAGAAUUCCCAUGCACUCCAAUCAAGGUUACAGAAAAUUGUCACUUGAAAUCACUCAUGUCGAUGGCUGGUCCUGAUAUUAUUUGCGUAGGUGCUGGAAAAGUUCCACAAGAUGUGUUGAAUAGAAUAAAACGAGAAGCUACAUUUAGUUACCAGACCUUGACUGUGCCCGAAGAUCAUGCAGCUAAUGUUUUGUACGUGAAUGGAACUCUAAUCCAUAGAUCUGAGGGAGAAAUUCCCUCUUCGUUUAAGGUAUUUUCUGAAAAAAUGGAUUUCUAUCGUCAGCCUUUGGAAGUUUCCGAGUUGGUGAAAAAAAGCAGCGGAUUGUCUUCCUGUUGUCUAUUGAUUAGACGAAGUCGUCACUACAGAAUUUUUUAAACUCGAUUACGAACCCAAAGCCUCGGUGUUUAUUUCAGCAUUUUUUUCAUUUUUGAGAAAUGAGCACAAAAUUUUGCAUUUCAAAUUCUAGUUUCAAUCAAAGGUCUCAUGCUCCUGUGUCAACAGUUCCUACACUGUAUCAUGUUGUUUUUGUUACUGUUCGCAUAGCGUAUUCUAUAUUCAAGUUUUUAAGCCUAAGUAUUAUUAAUUAGUUAACAAGUUUAAGAUAUGAGGAAAGUAACAGUAUUAUUUUUAUCGACGUUUAAAUUUAUUUUAAAGUAUCUACAGUAUUAUUCUUAAUUAGUUAAGGAAUGAAUAUUUUAGAAGGUUGUAUUGUAUACUAAAUACGUGAAUUAUUUAGGCUGAGCCUAGUUCGUAAGUAAUCAGUCCGGUGAUUUAAAAGAUAAAAACAUGAAUUCUGUGAUUAAGGUUAAUAUUUCAUGAGUCCAACUCUUUAGUUAUUAUUUUUUUUUUCACUCGGAGCAAUGCUUGAUUAUUUUAUCAAUGACAAUAAUGAAUCUCUACGUUUUCUUCCACUAUUCAUUUUUGUCCAUUUCAUUUUAACGUAUAUUUACGUAUACGAAAAGUGCAUAAACAUAAAUAUGAAUUACAAAGUUUUUAUUUUGAA